GGCGGGCUUUUUAUAGCCGGGGGAGGGAGCAGGGCGGGGACGGGGCGGGGCCUCUUGAGUGACAGGUGGGGCUAGGCUUUGGAGAGGCGGGAAGGGGGCGGGGCACGCAGGCGCUGCGCAGGCGCAGUGGCGACGACUGCUCGCUCCCAUUCAGUCGCGCCGGUCGCUCCCUCAGUCUGUCCGUCAGGGAGGGCGCGUGUCCGAGGGGCCUGGUCGUGUAGCCGAGGGUCGGGAGAGCGCGCCCGCUGCCAUGAAGAAGGGCGGGCCGGGCGGCUAUGCCCGCCUGACCGCAGGCUGUCUGCCUGUGCCUCUGUUCAAUCAGAGAAGGAGGGUCCGGCAGCCUUUCACAUCCAGCCCAGGAGCAGCGUGUGAGGCUCAGGACUUUCCUCCUCUGCCUUCAGACUUCGUCUGGGAGAUGAUGAAACCUGAGGUGCCGCCAUUGCCGAAAACGGGGAAUGCUGGGCAACCCGCUGUCCCUCCUCGAAAGCAAGGGAAUGGGUUUAAUCCCGGCCCAGUGGAUGAGACAAGAAGUCAUAACUGGAGCAAUUGGGGCUUGGGAGAGGACGGUCCGAAGGCUUGGGACAGAAGCGAGUUUGCACCUCCCAGAAAAGGCUCGGGGGCAGCUGCCGACAGUGGGCCCGGUCCUGGCCUCAGGCCUUCCGAGACAAAUCAGAACUGGAGACGGUCAAGUUGGGCCCCAGCGGAGGUCUGCCGAGCCCCGUGCCCUCCAAGGCUGGCGGGGGCCCAGGGGAGCGGCGGCCUGCAGGCGCCCCAAAGCAAUCCCCAACCGAGCCCCCUUAAGAGAAAAGCCUUUGGCAGAGGUCCGGAGGCCAUCAAGGAAGCGAGCCGGCUCAGGCCGAAGGAAGAUGGCCCUUCCCUUCGAAUUCUGCCGGCGGCCAUCGAGAGCAUGAAGCACUGGAGGGAGCGCCUGCCCCACUGCCCGCUGCUCUUCGAGGUCUUAGCCGUUCUGGACUCCGCCGUGACCCCGGGCGCGCAGGGCGCCAAGACCUUCCUGCUGAGAGACGGGAGGAGCACCGUGCCCUGUGUGUUUUAUGAAACCGACCGGGAGCUUCCCAGACUGAUCAGGGGGCGCGUCCAUCGCUGUGUGGGGAGCUUCGACCAAAAGCGGGGCCUCCUCCGCUGUGUGUCCGUGCGGCCCGCCUCCGCUUCCGAGCAGGAGACCUUCCCCGCGCUGGUCAGGAGCGCAGACGCCAAGCUGGCCCGCGACGCCAGUGCCGCCCGCGAAAUGUGAGCCGCCCGUGCCCGGAGGAAGCGGGUACAAGGUGUUGGGGGGGUUCUGCCCGUGGUCUUCUCCAGCCAAUAAAGUGAGUUUAACUUCA